AACCUGAAUGGGUCACGAGGCAUUCAGGUGAUUCAGGUUUUGCUUUUGUGUGCACUUCCAUGGCGGCGUCCACUGGCAAGUGAGGAACAUGCCGUGGAGUAACGGAGUACCAUUACCAUUUCUGAGGCUAGACGCUUGGGUUCCUACGUUUCUGUUGCGUCUUCGCAGCAGCUAAGCUUCUUGUAGCGAUGGAGGUGGUCAACACCAAGGACAUGACCAGUCUCUUCGACUUCUGCUCCAAAUACACCUUUCGUGCUAAGGAAAAUGAUCGACAAACGUUGUAUAUCCAGAAGAAAUGCGAAGAUCUUUUUGCAAAGGAUUAUGUCUUCUCUCUCAUCAACAAUGUCCAGGGUUCUUUGAGCAAUACUUACCCAAGUGCUAUCAUCUUACCUGAGCAGACCAUCACCAGUGGUGCCGAGACAAACAACAGGGCACGGAAUGGUCCAGAUGGAGUGAGCGAUUCAGUUCGGCUGAGAGACCUCAUCCAGAAAGCCAAAGUGGCACGCUGCAGAGCUCGCUUCCCUGUACCUGUUAUUUUGCUUGAUGGAAAGUAUGUCUGCAGGUCAGCAACACUGUCAGGUGGUCCUGAGAUCUAUGGACGUUCAGGGUACGAGUUCCUCUUUGCAGGAAGCAAUGAUAUCACAGAUGAAGAUGACGAGGGCCUCAGCAGUGAAGCAUUGCCACAGUCUUCAGGGGAGUGGCAGCUAUUCACCAAGGUACGCAACCAGGACAUCCGUCUGCUGAGGAUGCUGUCUGUUGACUUUAUCUGUGAUUUAAUGGUGGAGAAAAAGAAAGUGAAGUUUGGUAUGAAUGUGACUUCAUCAGAAAAGGUGGACAAGGAAAAUAGAUACAGCGAGUUCACCAUUUUGUCCUUGCCAUAUCCAGGUUGUGAGUUCUUCAGAGAAUAUCGGGAUAAUGAGUACAACGCGGAAGGCCUAGUGUUCGACUGGAGCCAGGGAUAUGUUGAUGUACAGUUGGUUGUGCCCCAGGACAGCAUCAGCUCACAACUGGAUACUGACUGGGUGAAAUACAAGACGUGGGACAUAGUCACGCUAACACAAAACUACCUCAGGUUACUGCUUAAGUAUCUCCUUGAAGGUCAAUCUGGUCUGCUGGUGCACUGCAUCUCAGGUUGGGAUCGUACACCGCUGUUUGUUUCACUACUGCGUCUCUCCUUGUGGGCAGACGGACGCAUACACGCAUCUCUCUCUCCCAUGGAGAUUGCCUACCUAACAGUUGCCUAUGACUGGUUUCUCUUCGGUCAUAAUCUGCCAGACAGACUCAGCAAAGGUGAAGAGAUCUUUUUCUUCUGCUUCUAUAUGCUGAAACAUCUUGACUCUGAAGAGUUCUCUGCACAGGUCUUGAAAAGUAGCAGAGAGAAGAGGCAUAACUCUGAAAGUCACUUUGAUGGCAUACUUUUAGAAGAUGAACCCGCACGCACCCUGGGGAGCAACACAAGCCUCAACAGUAGCUCCAGCUCUCUCAGUAGCCGUAGCCAAGACAAUCCUCCUACAGUAUUCUCUGUAGCAGACUCGGGGGAUGAAAAUUGCCUAGGAAAUGGGAACUACAUGUGCCCACAUGGCAAUGUUGUACCAUGGACAGAACCUGUAAUACGUACUCCACCCACCCUCUCGAACAGCAGUGAAUGCUGCACAAAUAGCCACAGCAACAUUAUGGUUAGCAACCCAACAUCUCAAAUCAAAGGACCCUGCUGUGGCCCAGUGACAAGCCCCGUGGCUGUGCCUGCAUCAUUGAGGCACCGGUCUCAGAGUUCCUCCUCUGUUUGCUGUGGAAGCUGGCAGAUUAUAAAUGGCACAGGAUCAGUGAGAAGUUCAGCUUCGGCACGUGAGUCUCUCAACUCACCUGUUACCUGGGAGCUCAAUCACAACUCACCCUCCACCAAAAGCAGCCAGAGCAGCAAGCACCAGGAAGGCUGUCUUGAUGCAUCUGACAAGUUAUGGCCAUGUAGCAAGAUUCUGCAACGACGGCGUGAGCGUUUACAAGAAGUGAGGGCAUUGGUGUAUAAUGUCUACUCAAGCAUUCUGGCUUCUCGUUUGUCAACACCCAACUCAGAAGGGCUUGUGGCCCUAUUGGAAAAAGUGGGCAUUCGUUCAUCUUCUGCUGCACGUGCUCCCAUUUGACAAGUGUUUGUUGUGGCUGCUUGUAGCACUUGAAAGACUGCAGUGGUGUUAGGAAGAGAUCCUCUUAGAACAGUAAACUGUGCCAAGCUGUUUGCAUAUGAUGCGAUGACCAGCACUGAACUGCAAUUUGGUAUGCAGUCGUUUUAUGUCUACAAUCUACAGACCAUACCAUAUACUUUUCGAUCUGUAACAAUCCCCUUUCUUUGUGUCACAGGUACAGGUGUCUUUCAUUGCCCUCACAACUCUUCAGACUAUGCAUUGUAAUGUUUGGUAAUUAGUAAAAAAAAUAUUUGAAAUAUUUUGUAAUAAUGAUGGUGUACGUAGCAAAGAGAUACUAGUCACAAGGUAAAUUGCAUCAAGUGCUGAACUCACUGUGAUGAGGAGCAGCAUUUGUGACUGCCUGUAUUUCUCACAGCAGGAUGUCAUGUAAUAAAUGUCAGGUUCUUUUUUC